ACUUAUUCGCACGACCCACAUUGCAGUGCUGUUCUGUCCAGUCAAGCAACAUCGACCUUUUUCGCGGCCAUCAGCGGCCCGCAAACUAGGGCACGCUCGCGGCUAAGCACCUAGCACCUGCUGUCAUGACUGCUCACGCGCUGUCGACUGGCAACAGCUCGCGGCAAGUCGCUCCCUCAGCGGCGACCGCUCCCUCGGCCCCAACCUCGGCUGCUGGUCGCUGCCCCCGCGGCGUGGCGCCGUUCAGAGCCCCGGGCGCACCCGCCGCCCCGCUCACUGCCCGGCGCGGCACGAACCCAGCUUCCCGCCGCCCCCACAUCCGGGCCAUGUCCUCCCCGGCGCCCCAGUCCGGCGGCGCGGCCACCGCUACAGCCGCGCCCCUGGCGCCUGCUGCUGCUGCCGCAACCGGGGCCGGGGCCGCGGAGGGCGUGCGGCUGGUGAAGGGGCUGUCAGAGGUGGUGGCGUCAGGUCGCUACAAGGGUCUGCUGCUGGACCAGUUCGGAGUGCUGCAUGACGGCCGGGUGCCCUACCCGGGGGCAGUGGAGGCUGUGUCCGCCGCCGCCGCCGCCGGGCUGCGGCUGCUCAUCAUCAGCAACAGCUCGCGGCGGUCGGGCGGCACCCUGGACAAACUGGAGGCCAUGGGCUUCCCGCGGGAGGCGUUCGCGGGCGUGGUGACCAGCGGCGAGCUGACUCACCGCUACCUGGCCGACCGCGUCUCUUCGGCUGCCUCGCCCAGCGGCUCUUCGGCUACCGGCUUCGCGGCCGCCAACGGGCUGCCCGCACUGGGGCGCCGCGUCAUGCACUUCAACUGGUCCUCCCGCGGCCCUGUCAGCCUGGCGCCCUACCUGUCAGCCAGCGAGGGCGGCGAGGUGCCGGUGGAGGCAGGCAGUAGCAGUGGCGGCAGUGGCGGCAGUGGCGGUCGCGGCCUGGCGCUGGUGAUUGACCCGCGGGAGGCGGACUUCCUGCUGGCACACGGCACGGAGGCUGUGUCGCUGCCGGGCGGCGGACUGCGCAACACGCCGCUGUGGCAGCUGAAGGACGUGCUGGCGGAGCGGGCGGCGGAGGCGGCGGAGGAGGCGGAGGAGAACGGCGGCGUGGGGCCGCCGCCGCCAGUGCUGGUGGUGGCCAACCCCGACGUGGUGACUGUGGACGGUGGGGCGCUGGUGGACAUGCCUGGGGCGCUGGCCGCCGCCUACGUGCGCGCGGGCGGGCGGGCGGUGCUGAUGGGCAAGCCCGCGCCAGUCAUCUACAAUGCCUGCGCUGAGGUGCUGGGUCUGCCGGCUGCCGAGCUGUUGGCGGUGGGCGACUCCCUGGAGCACGACGUGGCGGGGGCCCUGGGCGUGGGUAUCGACACGCUCUUCGUGGCGGGCGGCAUCCAUGCCCGUGACCUUCUACAGCCGCAGCAGCAGCAGCAGCAGCAGCAGCAGCCGACGGGGGAAGAGAGCGCCACGGCUGUAGCAGGGGAGGCGGGGGAGCAGGCGGGUGCGGACACGAUCAACACGGUGGUGCUGACGCGGCUGUGUGCUCGGUACCUCAAGCACUGCACGCCGGCGCUGGGGGCAGCGGUGGCGGCGCCGACCUACGUCACCCGCGGCUUUGUGUGGUGAUGGCAGCAGCGGCUGCGGCGACUGGGUCGGGUUGGGUUCGGUCUAGGCUCUAGGGCCUUGGGGCUUGGCAGGGCAGACGGCGGCGGCGCACGUACAGCAUGUACGGCACAUGCGGCGGGUUGCAGUGCAUUGGCAGCAUUGUGUGUGUGGAGUGGGGUGGUGGGGGAGGUAUCGGCUGUGAGAUGUGGGAUGCAUAGGGGAUGAUGUGGCUGUAGCUGCAGCUAAGCGACUCGGUGUAGGUGACACGUGUCAUACCGGUACCACACGGACACUUGCAGUCACAGACAGGGGGCACACAGGUGCGCGGGCGGCGGGUGCGGUUGGGAGGAUCAUCCGAAUGUCCGACACGGCCACCCGCAUCAACCUACCUACCCCACAAUGACAUGCCUGUCGUGUCAAAUUUCUUGUC